AUGUCAAUAUUGUCAUUACUAGGUGGUGAUGAACCUAAUACUUCUUCAUCAGAACAGGCAAAUCAAAAUAAUUCAUCGUCAUCAUCAAAUUUAUCAAUAAGUACAACAAAAAUUCCACAAAAAGAAGCAAAAAUAAUUCAAAAGAAAAGUAGUCCGCAAAGAAGAAGAGCUUCAGAUGCUAUUCCCAUCGAUUCAAGGCCACCCUCAAUAAAUGCAUCAAAAUUAUCUGAAGUGCGUGAACAAUUAGGCGAAGAGAAAAAAACAAAUCAUCCUUUAAUUGCUCCACAGCUGUCUUCUACAAUGUCACCA